AUGCGGGGCUUCGAGAUAUUCCUCGAGACCCUCCAAGCGGCCCUAGAGGUGGCGGCUACGCUGGCGAGUUCAGCAGAGGACGGGGCAGAGGCCGUGGCCGCGGAUGGUCUCGCGACGAGAGCAGAGAUCGCGGAAGAGACCGCGAUAUUGACUUCAGAGAUAGACGCGAUGGACCUUACAGAGAUGAGAGAAGUCGCGAGCGAGAACGCGACAGAGACUGGAGAGAUAGGGAAGGCUACCGAGGAAGGCCGCGUUCACCAGGCAGAGGCCGAUCACCGCCGCAGCGAGAUUUUCGAGACAGAGAUCCUCCGCUAG